AUGGCACGUUUGGUUCUGCCAUCGAAGACUUUGGCUUUUUCAAGGAAGAGUCUACUGGGUUUGAUCUCACCUGCUCCCCUCCAGUUUAAUUGCAACGUUGGUUAUUUUCAGAAAAUCUCGAAAAGUAGUGUCAGAUAUAGGCAUUUCCUUUCAUCAGAGGUUAUUCUACGUAAGAAUUGUUGCUCGUUUUAUUCUUCUGUAUCGGCUGUGAAGAAAGCUAGUAGGAAGUUAAUUUGUUCGGUUGCUACUGAGGAUUUAGCCAAGCAAGUUGAAGAGCCAAAAAUGGCGGCACCAACAGAAAUAUUCUUGAAGGAUUACAAGAAGCCCGAUUACUACUUUGAAACUGUGGAUCUGAAGUUUUCAUUGGGAGAGGAGAAGACUAUAGUUAGUUCUAGAAUUGCUGUUUUUCCUCGCACUGAAGGUUCUGCUCCCCCGCUGGUUUUGGAUGGACAAGACAUGACUUUGGUGUCAAUUAAGAUUAAUGGCAAUGCCUUGAAGGAGGAAGAUUAUCAUGUGGAUCCACGUCAUCUAACAAUCCAGUCACCUCCUAGUGGUAAAUAUGAUCUUGAAAUCGUUAAUGAGAUUCUCCCACAGAAAAAUACAUCACUAGAGGGACUUUACAAGUCAUCUGGGAAUUUCUGUACUCAAUGUGAGGCAGAAGGCUUCCGUAAGAUCACGUUUUAUCAGGAUCGGCCGGAUAUAAUGGCAAAGUAUACAGUUCACAUUGAGGCAGACAAAUCACUGUAUCCAGUAUUGUUGUCUAAUGGAAACCUGGUUGGACAGGGUGACUUGGAGGGUGGUAAACAUUAUGCUGUCUGGGAGGACCCCUUCAAGAAGCCUUGUUAUCUGUUUGCCUUGGUUGCUGGGCAACUGGAGAGCAGAGAUGACACAUUUACUACCCGCUCAGGUAGGAAGGUGUCCCUUAGGAUCUGGACGCCUGCAGAUGACGUGCCUAAGACUGCUCAUGCUAUGUAUUCUCUGAAAGCAGCUAUGAAGUGGGACGAAGAUGUUUUUGGACUUGAAUAUGACCUGGACCUCUUCAACAUUGUUGCUGUCCCAGAUUUUAAUAUGGGGGCCAUGGAAAACAAAAGCUUGAAUAUUUUCAAUUCCAAGCUUGUACUGGCUUCUCCAGAGACUGCUUCUGAUGCAGAUUAUGCUGCAAUAUUGGGAGUUAUUGGCCAUGAGUAUUUCCACAAUUGGACUGGCAACAGAGUAACAUGUCGCGACUGGUUCCAGCUUAGUCUGAAGGAAGGUCUCACUGUUUUUCGUGAUCAGGAAUUUUCAUCUGACAUGGGAAGUCGUACGGUAAAGCGGAUUGGUGAUGUUUCAAAACUUCGGAACUACCAGUUUCCACAGGAUGCAGGUCCCAUGGCCCAUCCAGUGCGACCACACUCUUACAUCAAGAUGGACAAUUUCUACACAGGCAAGCUUCUUUAUUUUUAG